CGUGUAUUUAACAUUUCCAUGUGUUAAAGUCGGAGCAGGACUAAAAUACGAUAAAAGUCGAAAUCAAGGAGAAGCUGUGAACAGUUGAUAAAAGAAGGCUAAGAAGUACAUCCUGACAUAUUUACCACAAUGGAGAGCAGACUGGAUCACUGGGCCGAUAUAUUGGUCCUCUUCCUGUACUUUGCUGUAGUUUUGGCUCUGGGGUUAUGGACAAUGAAGAGACCUAACCGUGGAAAUGUUCAGAGUUAUUUUCUAGCGGGACGUUCGAUGAAAUGGUUCGUGGUAGGAGCAUCAAUUUUUGCCACAAAUAUUGGAAGUGAACACUUUAUGGGACUUGUAGGCGCUGCAGCGUCCACAGGGAUAGCGAUGAUACUGUUCGAGUGGCUUGCGAUAUACCUCCUUAUACUCUGUGGAUGGUGCUUUGUGCCUGUGUUUAUAUCUGCAGGGGUUUAUACUAUCCCAGAAUACAUCGAAAAGAGAUUUGGAAGCAAAAGAAUCCGAAACUACUUUGUGACCAUGACGCUUAUCUUCGCCAUUGUUCUCAAACUCGCUGGAAACAUGUUUGCUGGGUCGUUGUUUAUUCAACUAGCGACAGGAUGGGAUAUGUACUUGUCUGUCACCGUGUUGUUGAUAAUCACAGCGAUUUAUACAGUUUUAGGUGGUCUAACCGCGGUCAUGUACACGGACACACUUCAAACUGUUAUAAUGAUGAUCGGCUCCUUCAUACUGGCCGGAAUUUGUUAUAAUAGGGUUGGUGGUUGGACUGAACUGAAAGUACAGUACAUGGCCGCUAUUCCUAAUGUUCUCCAGAACAACACAUCAUGUGGUUUGCCUAGUGAAGACGCAUUCUCCUUGUACCAUGAUCCGGUGAAUGGAGACAUACCUUGGACUGGACUUCUGGCUAUGACGACAUUGGGUAGUCUCUUCUACUGGUGUGGAGACCAGGUUAUAGUGCAGAGGUACCUUGCAGCUAGCACACUUCAGGGGGCGAAGGCGGGAGCUGUUUUAGCAAGUGUCCUUAAGAUUUUACCCAUGUUUGUAAUGAUCGUCCCUGGACUCGUCAGUCGCGUGCUCUUCACAGAUGAUGUGGUAUGUGUUGAUCCUGAUGAGUGUAUGAGAAUAUGUGACAACCCAACCGGAUGUACUAAUAUUGCUUACCCUAAACUAGUGUUAGAGUUACUCCCUACAGGUAUGAAGGGAUUCCUGAUGGCGGUGAUAAUGUCUGCCAUUAUGAGUUCUCUCACGUCUAUAUUCAAUAGUUCCAGUACAGUAUUUACUCUAGAUUUGUGGAUGCAGUUAAGACCUCUAGCCAAUCAAAGAGAACUACUUAUAGUUGGCAGGGUAUUCGUGGUGUUUAUGUGUGUGGCGAGUAUACUGUGGUUGCCGCUGAUCAAGGGCUCGCAAGGAGGGAAGUUGUACAACUAUGUAAACAUGGUGAACUCCUGUCUCAUGGAGCCAAUGAGCUCUGCAUUUGUCUUGUCCGUCUUCUGGAAGCGAACGACAGAAAAUGGCGUAUUUUACGGGCUGUUAAUAUCCCAUGCAGUGGGUGUUGUGAGACUAGUUUUCGAGUUUAUGUUCCCCUUCCCACCCUGUGGAAUGCCCGAAACAAGGCCCGCUUUUCUGUACAGAGUACACUUCAUGAACUUUGGUGCCAUCCUCAUAUUGUUCAGUGGUAUUGUCAUCAUCAUUCUGAGCUUACUCACCACGCCAAGGACGGAGGAGCAGUUGGAGAAUGUUACAUACUGGACAAGGAUGAAAUUCCCACCUUCAAAGAUGGAAGAACAUGAGAUGUCAGUCAGGCCCGAGGAGAAUAAACCUGACGAAGACCAAAGCAAGGUGCCUGUUGAUCUCCAAAACCACCAGGAUGACGAAACUACUUCCAGUAUGUGCCAAGACCGCCUAUUAUCAUGCCUUCUUGGGACUUCGGACAAAGAACACAAUAUCAUGGAGAUAACGUUUGAACAGAAGCGGGCAUUUCUCACAGAAAAUAUCAAAUGGUCCAAAUGGGUUUCCGCGUCAGCACUCGUUACCAUGGGAACCAUGUUUUUUUUACUUGGAUAUUUUCGAUGAAAUCUUGUUCCGAGUGGUCGGUGCAGUUAAAUGCACUAAUGGCAAUGCCAAGUUUAUUGUGUCGCCUCAAGUUGUCUAUCAUGUAUCAAGCCAUGCCGUUUUAUACUCCACAAACUACGUUUUGCUUUAGUGUCAACGCUACAGGUUUAUCUAAUAAGAUUAUAAGUUUUUCCUUAAAUGCGAGUUACGUUUUCUACUCCAGUGUUACCAGUUUCUCUAGUUCCUAGUCAAACCCUCUUUAUCAUACGAUUUGUGUUAGUUAUCAGUUUUUCAUUGAAAUAAGUAGAUCGCACGGGUUUUACGGGUAAUUCAGCAAGUAGACUGGAAAAUUAAUCACUAUGAAAUGUUUCUAAGAAAAUCAUAAAAGCAUUUCUAGGUUAUCCGUUUAUAUCUUUAAUGAAUAUUAAAUACUGUUGACUUUCCGAUGAAAAAAUCUGCUUUGGUUUAGUCGGAGGUAUAGAACAUUACUUUAUAAGGAGUUUGUGUGACUAAAGUUACAAUUGUAUUUUACCACGAGAGUACUUUGAAACAUCUGCUUAAGAAAUUGAUAAAUACCGGCUGAAUGAAACCAAAUGUUCUACUGAAGAAUUAAGAUAUGGAGACAAGACUUAGGGGUGAUGCACAGAUGUGGAUGACAGAGUUGAUAACGAGAACUUGCUAGAGAGUCGUGUGUAUGCGUGAUGUGAUAAACGAAACUAGUGUUAAUAAAACUACAGGAUUGAAAUACAACAGAUUGGUUUAUAUAUUCAUAUAAGAUUAUUUUGAGUGUUGUAUACGAAGCAGGUUGUGCUAAUAAAACUUUUUACGAAUA